GAAGGAUGCGCUGCCGUGGCGGGCUUCUCCCGAGGGGAAUUGCGCGGCUCGGGCUGGCUGGAACAGCAGGAGCAAUCCUGAGCUGAUCUACUCAGAACUAGGCAUUUCACUUUUAAGAAGAGGAGCAGUAAAAGAAGUCGCUCAAGUUCUGUGCGGGAAGUUAAAAGAACUUCAGAAGAGGAGGAGGGCUUUUUCUGCUCGGAUUGAAGGACGUCAUUCUGGAGCCUUUCCUUUCUUGGUUUAUACAAAGCCAAAUUGCCUGUAUCAGGAUUCUAGUGAGGAACGACUGACAAGAAGCAACAAGGGCUUUGAUUUUGGCUUGUGUGUUCUUUCCCUGGUUGGAUUGUGUUCGUUGGCCUGAGAAGAAAUUACAGAAGAACGACAAGAAGACAUUUUUACUCGUUGCUUACUAUCCCUCUUGGAAGUCCAGUGAUCAUGCUGUUUAUAGAAGUGUUCCUGAAUUUUGGGGUGUGUUUUUUUUAAGACUGAAGGAUGGUGCGACUGUCCUUGAAAGACCGUGGAUUAUUGAGAUUGUUUUUCUCCUAUUUAAACGUGAAGGCAGGUGUUUCUCUACAGGAGAUGCCCUGUUCUAGUAGCAUUGGCUGAUUUAUAGGGGGAAAAAUACAAUAUAUAUAUAGCCUCAUUGAAGCGUAAGUGAACAAUCUGGAUAACAAAGUUUUGUUUUAACGUUACGCAGCAUAGUUCCUAUGCUGAAUCAAAGUAAGGACCUGAUCGGAAUAAUAUCCAGGAAUAAAAGCACCUGUAUGCCGCAGAGCUAAAUGUGAAAGAUGUCUUGGAAGAGGAAUUAUUUUUCUGUGGGACGGGGUGGCGUGCAAGGAAUGUUCACUCCACGCAAUACAACAUCCAUAGCACCUAGUAAAGGUCUCAGCAACGAACCAGGACAGAAUAGCUGCUUUCUGAAUAGUGCAUUACAGGUUCUCUGGCAUCUUGAUAUUUUUCGACGCAGUUUCCGACAAUUGACAACCCACAAAUGCAUGGGAGAUUCCUGUAUAUUUUGUGCCCUCAAAGGUAUCUUUAACCAGUUUCAGUGUAGCAAUGAGAAAGUGUUGCCGUCGGAUGCUCUUCGCAGCGCUCUUGCAAAGACUUUUCAAGAUGAGCAGCGCUUCCAGCUGGGCAUCAUGGAUGACGCUGCAGAGUGCUUUGAGAAUCUCUUGAUGAGGAUUCACUUCCAUAUUGCAGAUGAAUCUAAAGAAGAUAUCUGCACUGCCCCACACUGCAUUUCACACCAGAAGUUUGCCAUGACCUUAUUUGAACAGUGUGUCUGUACCAGCUGUGGUGCUACCUCUGACCCUCUGCCCUUUAUCCAGAUGGUGCAUUACAUCUCAACCACUUCUCUCUGCAAUCAGGCAAUUUCCAUGCUAGAAAGACGAGAGAAACCCACUCCAGAUAUGUUUGGAGAACUGCUUCAAAAUGCCAGCACGAUGGGAGACUUGAGAAAUUGUCCGAGCAACUGUGGAGAAAAGAUUCGCAUCCGUCGUGUGCUGAUGAACUCCCCCCAGAUCAUCACCAUUGGACUGGUGUGGGACUCGGAUCACUCGGACCUGGCAGAGGAUGUCAUUCACAGCCUGGGCACCUGCCUUAAACUGGGAGAUCUUUUCUUCCGAGUGACAGAUGACAGAGCAAAACUGUGUGAACUGUACUUGGUUGGAAUGAUCUGUUACUAUGGAAAACAUUACUCCACCUUCUUCUUCCAAACAAAGAUCCGCAAGUGGAUGUACUUCGACGAUGCACAUGUCAAAGAGAUAGGUCCCAGGUGGAAAGAUGUUGUGACCAAGUGCAUUAAGGGCCAUUAUCAGCCCCUGCUGCUACUUUAUGCAGACCCUAGAGGCACCCCAGUAUCAACGCAGGAGAUGCCUACACAGGUGGAUCUACAGCAAUAUAGCCGGACUUACUAUGACAGUGAAGACUCAGGGCGGGAGCCUUCCAUCGCAAGUGAUAGUAGGACAGACUCCUCUACAGACAGUUAUCCCAUUAAGCACUCACACCAUGCAUCUGUGGUCAGUCAUUUCUCCUCUGACUCUCAGGGAACUGUUAUUUACAACAUGGAAAAUGAUGCAGCAUCACAAAGCAGCAGGGAUACAGGACACCUGACUGACAGUGAAUGUAAUCAAAGACAUAUUUCCAAAAAGGGCUCACUGACAGACCGUAAGAGGAGUUCCAGCAGGUCUCGGAGAAAGGGGGAUGAGUCGCAGCCAUCAGGAUAUCAUAGUGAAGGGGAAACGCUGAAGGAGAAACAGGCUCCCCGAACUGCCCCCAAGACAUCCAGCAGCACCAGCAGACUGCGGGAAUUUAAAGAGACAGUCAGCAAUAUGAUCCACAACAGACCGUCGCAGACAAGCCAGGGCUCUCCGCGUAGAGGGAAGGAUCAGGCUGAGACACAGCCGCUGCCCAGAGCUGUGCCAUCUCAGUCUCGAGACUGGGAGAUGGAGAGCACGAGCAGCGAAUCCAAAUCUAGUUCGUCAAGCAAGUACCGGCCGUCCUGGAGACCUAAGAGGGAGUCACUGAACAUAGAUAGCAUCUUCAGUAAAGAAAAGAGAAAACAGUGCGGCUACACCCAGCUCAGCCCUUUCUCUGAAGAUGCAGCUAAAGAAUUUACUGAAGAUGCGUUAAAGGAGUCAGUUACUCAAGAAAUAAGACCAAACCAACUAAACAGGUACAAGCACUGGACUGUAGGUCGGGGUAUGCACUAUAUGACAGAUCAACAUCCUCGUCUGAUCCAAAGGAUGGAGUCUGGCUAUGAAAGCAGUGAACGCAACAGCAACAGCCCAGUUAGUCUGGACAUGCCUUUGUCGGAGAGCUCAAGCACUUCCAGGGAUUCUCAUAUGAAGCGACCUGGAGCAUUUGUUCCUGCAUGGCGUAAUAUCCCUAAAUCACACAGCAGCAGCAUCUUGGAAGUAGAGUCAGCUUCCUCUCCUAGUUGUUGGGCAAAGAACAAGCACUCCAAUGGUGGGGAGAUGCUUGUCUCUUCCAAGAGCGAACUAGAUGAAUUGCAAGAAGAAGUGUCCAGGAGGGCCCUGGAGCAGGAACUUCGACGUAAGCGAGAGAAGGAGCUCGAGGCAGCCAUGGGGUUUAAUCCCCACCCCAGCAGGUUCAUGGACCUGGAUGAGCUGCAGAACCAGGGGAGGACGAAUGGCCUUGAGCAGUCUGUGCAGGAGGCAGAUUCUGUCUUGGAAGAGUCACUGCAUCAGGAGCAGAAGGGAGACUGUGCUGCAGCUUUGGCUCUCUGUAACGAAGCUAUAUCUAAACUAAGACUUGCCAUGCAUGGUGCCAGCUCUAGCACUCACAGCAGAGCCCUAGUCGAUAAGAAGCUGCAAAUCUGUAUCCGAAAAGCACGGAGCCUCCAGGAUCGCAUGCCGCAUCCGCAGCCAGCACAGCCGCCGCCCAUGUGCCACCCACCACAGGGGGGCAACGAGACCCAAUCUACAAGUGAACAGGCUGGCCCGCUCCAAAUACUGCUGAGCCAGAAGAUGCUACUGGAACCCAGCAGAGAAGCAGAACUUGGGUCCAGUUCUUACUUCCAUCCACCUGCUUCCCAUCAUGAAUUGCAGUCAUCCUAUCCAGAGUCUUUCCACCCACCCCCUCCCGAAAGUAGCCCCUCACCCAAGGCCACUCUAAGUUUUCAGGCUGCUUCUGCUGGUUUCAGUGACCAAGUGACUCCGUUUCCCUGUAGACGUGGGGUAAGUGACAGAUCCAGACGGACUGAGAACGAAGCCCCCCGUGACAUGGAGCCAGAGGGAGUUUCCACCAAUAGUCUAAAAGACAAUAAAGAUUGCAGUAGUAGCAGUAAGUUCGAAGAAGCUCAUGACAUAACAGCCUCUCUCACUCCUCAUUGCAAAACAAAAUUUAACAUGGUAAACUCGGGAUCUUUGCCUGUUCUCUUCUUUCCUUCACAUCCAGUGCAAGUCCCAUCGGAUAAAAAAGGCCUCCAUAGUCCACGCUUCAAACCAUCAAGCUUUCCAGAGCAGCUCAGUGCCGUUCAAGAAGGGGCCUCUCCUACCAUAACCCCAGCUUCUCUCUCACCUUUGCCUCCUUGUCCUGCAGAUCCAUUACAGACUGCAAGUAGGUACCUCAGAGCAAAAAGCCAUGAGAGUUUACAUCACUUACAGGAAGAAUUAGUCAAUGGGGAGACUCUGAAUUCUGAGAUGAUCACUGCCAAGGGGCAUGUUCGUUCCCUUGCAGAACAGUUUCAGCGGUUACAGGAAAGGGAAGGUGCUCAUGAGGAAGAAAGGACAGUGGCUCUCACUCAGGAUCAGAAGGCCCCAAAGUUAUUGCAGGAAUCUUUCAGCAAUCCUCCAUCCUUGGGAUGUAGGCAGCCACUGACUGGAAGCCUAGGGAAUAGACUAUGGCCUGCUGAAAAUUCAAACACAUGCCAGGAUUCUAGAGAUGAGUUGAGUUCUGUGGAUUGUUUUACUGAUCACAAUAUAAUUUCUAAGAAUUCUGGCUCAUACCAUGAAGAGCGGUGCAGCAGAGGGAAGCCUAGUGCCGUGGAUCCUGAUUUUCACCAAGGAAGGUUCGACCGCGAGGGAGAAGUGAGACAGGUGAAAGAGAGAAAUCCUGCUGGUUUUGUUGCAUCUGUGUCGGUGGACUACUGGAUAGACAACGUCAAAAGGUAUUACAGUUCUCAACAGGACUGCAAGAUGAUGUCUGGGAAUGAGCCAACGGCACCCCACCCGAAAGCCUUCAUGGAAGACCCCAUUCAGAAACAUCCACAGUGGAAUCAAGACACAGAGCAGGAGAUAUCUGAGCUGGAAUCUCUGUAUCAGGCUAGCUUACAGGCACCUAAGACAAGCCGGUCUGUCUUGGGAAAGCUGGACAAUUCCUGGCAACCAUUGGGCAAGACAGCAUCUGGAAAUUUAACUAUGAGGAAAUUUCCCAGUACAGUUGGCCUGGGUCUCUCCAAAACUCCAACAGCAGAGAUUGAACGUAACCUCUGCAGAACUACCACAUCUCCAGUAUCCAAGGUGCCAUAUACCAGAAACCGUGGCAAGGAGCUGGAAGAGGAGGAGAUGUACAGUGCAGAAAACUUUCGUCGCAUUGCCCGUAGUCUCAGUGGAACGGUCAUUACUAACAGGGAAGAAACACUUGCCUCUUCCCACAGCUUUGAAGUGUCCAAUGAGAGGAAAAUGCCAAUGGAAGCCAGGCACCGUUCUUCCAGCACCAAUUCCCUCACUUUCCCUCACGAUUCUCCUCCUGUCUUACCCUUUGAUCCCCAGCACUAUUCAGCCCAACUGCAGCACCUCUCCCAUGAUGCACCAGUGCCUAGCAUGGUGGGCAAGACACAUAGACAAUCAGGAAAUCAAAAGAACAUCCAGAAAAUUCUGGCUGUGCUUGACCGGAGUGAAACUUUCCGAGAUGAAGACAACCCGAGUGUGGCAUUGAGCUACAGGAGCCUCCCUUCCAAACAGCAGGCCUCUUCUUCACAGGGGCCAAGGCCUCUUCUCAGUCAGCAUUUAAGAGGGGAAGAAGCAUCCACUGCUCUUGGCCACUGGCUGCAGAUGAGUCGCACUGCCAGACAAACAGCAACACUGCCAGAUAAACGAACCGUCCACUGGGCUUCUACUACCCAGCCAAAGAAGGGCCCACAAGAACAUUUGCUCCAGCAAGGAAACCAUGAGUUUUAUGCCAUUAACUAUAGACCACCUCUUGGCACAAGUUAUGGCCCCUUGAGAAUAGUGUGUGGACCCUCAAGGGAUGCGGCUGGUUUUGAGGCUUGCCCUGUGCCUCCCCCUCACGCUAAGGCUCCAGGUCCACGAAGAGUAGACAUGCCGCCGGAUGAAGACUGGCGGCAGAAUAGCUACACCCCUCAGCCUGGAACCCGGCGAAUGUUGCCAGUGCACAUGACUGAUGCAACUUACUCGUCCACUUCGGAGGCACACCGCAAGAUGCUGGUCCACGCGGCGGCUGCCUCCAUGCACGGCAGUGGCUGGUGAAACCUCAGCAUAGGAUUGCAAAAUGGGUUGCCUGACUUGUAGCUACUGAAGCGCAGUUGGUAACAGGACAGCGAGUUGUGUGUCCCCUCGCCCCAGUCAGUGUCUGUGCCAAUCUUGUCUUAAAAAGUAUCUACACAUUAAGUGGAAGCAAACUGCACUGUGUUUCUGUUGCGGUGUGGGGAAACUGUUUGAUGACUCCAUGCUCAGAUUCUCUUCACAGGUCCGCCUCACUGGCAAGAACAAGAGAGCAAGAUUCGCAAACAGGUUGGCAAUGCAAUCUGCGGUUGUCAGCCAUAGACAGUCUCUUCAAGGGCCACCUUUAGUGCUAGUAAGCCCUGCCAGCUUACCUGCCCAUUGGUUCUGAGUUGUUCUCUGUUAGAUAGGGGUGGGGUGGGGAGGCAGAAGAAGCUUUCCAGGCUUCCAAAAACGAGGCAGUAUUUGUGUGUUAACGAGCCAGUUGGAUGGUUCUUUGGACUGUGAUGUCAGGCACAAAUGACAGCUGUAGGUGCUAGUGAGGAAGAGGAAAAGGAUGUAGCUCAAACGUCAGCCAGGAUUUCUCCCGUGUCCUCAUGGCAAACUAACAGUGCUUCAAAUAGCAAAGACUGUUAAAGCUGCUUGCUUAAGUAUAACCUUGUAAACACAGAAUCACUUUAACUAUUUUAGGGGCAAACAUACUUGCCUUUGUAAGUAUUUUUCAAAUAAAUCGAUCCAAUAGUUAUA